UGGUUCGACCCGGAAGGAACUGCAAAGACCAGGGAGGGACAGAAGGUCGGCAAGGAAGGGGCAGGAUACCAGUAUGGCGGGCGAGGCCAGUAGCUCCGAAGGCGGCCUUAGGAAGAUUGUAUCAUCCCUCUCGAGGGCACAGAACAAAAAUCAAGGCUACCUAGCAGAUGCUAAGAAAAAGUUGACGUUUGACGGGGCGAACAUCACGAAAUUCCUGACAGAUUACGAGAAUCUGGCCGCAUUGUUGAAAUGGACCGAAGAAGAAAAGAUGGACCACCUGGGGCAGCAUGUGUCUUUGAGCUUGGGGCGGGACAAAAUGGCCAUCGUAGCCACGAGUCGAUCCUGGAAAGAAACCCGGGAUGUGAUGAUGAGGAAACACCUGGCAGCGGAGAAAAUGGCUACGGAAGUCGAUUUAGCGGCAGUUCAAAGGAAGAACUUCGCAACGUACAAUGACUUCCUACGGGAGUUUACUCUGGUAGCACUAAGGAUCCCCAGGGUCACGGAUCGGAUAAUGAGUAAAUACUUCCUCAAGCAGUUCUCCAAGUUCGACAAAGACAAGAUCCUAUCGGCUUACCAACAAAUGAGCAAUUUUGUAAACACUAGGGAUGUUGAUUUCAGUACGGUAACGGAUCUGGCCGAGAAGACAGUAGUGACCGAGAAGUUGGCCUUGCUUCAGGAAGGGGAGGUCAUAAAUCUGACUGGUAGGAUAGGCGACAAGGUUAACAAGGGGAUUGAAGGUCUACAUGAGCGGGUGCACGGAGUCGACAACAAGAUUGAAAGGGUGGAGAACGCGCUACUGGUUAUGCAGGCGCAAGUAUCCCGACCCGCCCUUCCUCCCCAGGAAGCCGUAGUACCGCCAGGAAUAGCCAACCGAGGAUUCAGACGGAAAGAUCCCGCUAACGAACAAUGCAUGUACUGCACUGCGAUGGGACAUUAUGUAUGUGCAUGUUCAAAACUCAACCAUGAUAUAUUAAAAAGGAGAUGUACCAGGUCAUUAAAGGGAGAGAUAUUUGAACCACAGGGAGAACGGGUAAAUUGGAACUCGCCAGGGGGGAUGUGGCGAGCCGUUAUCAUGCUCAAUGGGCUAGAGAUAGCGGCAGUUGAGGCUGAGCCGGUGGUCGAUAUCAUCUGGGAUCAACUUCGGGGCCACGGGCCGCAUAUCAACUUUAUUCUGGAAAGCGACGGACACAAUAGGGUGAACGCGACCACUCGACUAGGGACAGCUGGGAGAAGAAUUAUCCGUGACACCGUGAUGAAGGAAGUUGCUGGAGGCUCCCCGCCCCAGGCAGAGCCCGAGGCCGGGGAACCGGAGAAAGUCUAUGGGAAGCCUAGGGAAGAGGAGCCUACGGACAAAGUCACCGCUGCUAAAAAGAAGUUUAGGUAUAAGAUUCCAAUCUUAACCAUGCCAGAGAUCGAUGACACCCUUAGCAAAUUACUAGGAACUAUGGUGUCGGUGUCGUUUCACACCAUGCUCCAGGCCAACCCUAGGUUGCUCAAAGGGCUUAGACAAUUGUUGACUCGACAACGAGUAGAGAUAGACGAAAACCCCGAAGCACCGGAAGAAGAAAGGGAGGACGAAGCUCCGCAAGAGGUCGCUAACCUUCAGAGGAAUCGCGGGGACUUAGAGGAUCUUGAGAAAGCCUUUGCGGACAUCCGCCUGAGUCUGCCAGAUCGAGAAGGAGGUGAGGUCAUGAGGGCACCCCCCAAAACAAAGCUCAACUUCCAUGCGCUAUCCGUGGGAAAAUUGAAGAUCCAGAUCGGGACUCAUCAUACCGACACAUUAGUAGACGGGGGAACAAAAAUCACUCUCAUAAGGAGAGAUUUCGCAACAAUCUCGGGUUGUACAGUAAAUAAGGAAGUAACAGGGAGCAUCCGGGGAGUCAGUGGGAAAAUCCCGUUCACUGGGUAUAUCACGAAAUGCGCAGUCAAAGCGGGAAUCAGGGAGUCAAUCUGGUCGUUUCAGCGGAUGACCGUAAUGGAGGAAAUGGAUCACGACAUAAUCCUCGGGAGACCAUGGUGUACAAACGUAGAAAUGAUAGGCAUGCACUUGCAUGAUGGCACGUACAUGAUAGAUAUAGAGGACCCAGUGACCGGCCGGGGUGAGCUCCUCCGACUCCUCGGGACGGGGGGAGACCCUCCGAAGGGGAAGUUUGCAACGUGGUCGCCGUCAUUCGAAGAUAGCGCACGAAAAGGGGCUUUCGCACGGAUGGAAGAACCUACAGCGUCGCCAUACGCGAACCGGUGGUUCGUCUUCCGGAAACCCAACAAGACGCUAAGGUGGAUUCAGGAUCUGCAGAAGUUGAAUGCGGUAACCAUCCGGGAUGCUGGCUCGCUGCCUCAGGCCGAUCUAUUGGCGGAAUUGCACGCCGGCCAGAGCAUUUACUCUCUGAUAGAUCUGUACUCAAGGUACGACCAACUUCCAUUGGAUGUUCGGGACAGGCCGUACACCGUUAUACACACCCCCGUAGGCCAGUUGCAGAUGCAAGUGACCCCUAUGGGCUUCACAAACGUGGUAGCCGAAGCACAGCGGAGAAUGCUCGUCGUAGCCGGGGACAUGUUCCCAGAGAAGUGCGAGUCCUACAUCGAUGACAAUCCGAUCAAAGGCGCGCAGGAGAAGAACGAGACAGAAGUCCAGCCAGGAAUCCGAAGAGCGGCGGUACUCACAGUUCAAGAAGAGGUCUUAGCCAUCUUGCAUUGCCUUAAGACAUUCCAGGCCUACCUAUUUGGGAGGCGGUUCAUCCUUAGGAUUGAUCCGACGAAUGUUGCAGGGGCCCUAAAGAAUUACAGGCCUAUAGAUCCGAUGGUGGGGAGAUGGGUAGGAUUUAUUUGGCAGUUCGAUUAUAAGAUCGAACGGAUUGCGGGAAUCAGAAACAAGGCAGAUGGGCUGAGCCAGAUCUGCAUCAUUCCCGAAGGGGUGGAAGAGGCGGAGCCCAUAGACAUGUUCCUUGAAAACAAAGGCGAAACUCUUGUGGUGGAUAACCAAAUGAUGGGCGAAGAAUGCUCGUCGGGAGAACUGUUGAUCCGGACUUUGGAGAAGGGGGCGUCUGUCGUAGUAGCAGAACUUAGAGAAGGACCAGUCACCACUCGAGGUCGUAAAGAGGAGAGAGAUUCAUGGGGAGCGAUAGUAAGACCGAAGAAGGAACUGAUAGCAAUGGCGGUUGAGGGAGGCCGAAAAGCCGUGAUGAGGUUAGAUGAUGAUCCGCGAAUGACCACGGAGGAGUUAAUCGAGGCAAGGUGUCAACAAGUCCUUCAGAACGAAGAGGUCAUGGAAGACAUCGCCAACCGGGUAUUAGACAGCAGAAUGAGGGACAAAGCAAGGUGGGACCAGGGUUGGGGCAAUGGCUUGGACCAACUGAGGUUGGAAGGCAGGAUGACUUGGGAGUUUGCGGUAAUGGGUUUGUGUGACAAUGAGAAGGAUUGUCAGGAGCAUUGUACCAUAGUUUUUGACGGGGAAAUAAUGGGAUCAUCACAAAACGGGGCAUUUGCAUAAGGGAGGGAAAUGUAUAAAUGAUGGUAUAAUGCGA